UCAGAGGGCGGCUACCAGGCGGCGGCCGCAGCCGCAGGAAAAUGCUGGAAGCGGGCGGGCGCGCGCCUUGGAGGUGCUGAAGGGACAGUUCCUUCGGUAGAACUUGCCCCUGAGCGCGCCGGGUAGGAACGCGAUGGAGACUAUCUGGAUCUACCAGUUUCGCCUCAUCGUGAUCGGGGACUCCACGGUGGGCAAGUCGUGCCUUCUGCACCGCUUCACCCAGGGCCGCUUCCCAGGGCUGCGUUCCCCCGCCUGCGACCCCACGGUCGGCGUGGACUUCUUCUCGCGCCUGCUGGAGAUUGAACCUGGCAAGAGGAUCAAGCUGCAGCUCUGGGACACCGCGGGGCAGGAGCGCUUCAGAUCAAUAACUCGAUCCUAUUACCGCAACUCAGUUGGUGGAUUUUUAGUGUUUGACAUUACUAACCGACGGUCUUUUGAACAUGUAAAAGACUGGCUAGAAGAAGCGAAAAUGCACGUGCAGCCUUUUCAGAUUAUAUUUCUACUGGUGGGACACAAAUGUGACUUAGCUUCACAACGGCAGGUUUCAAGGGAAGAGGCUGAGAAACUGUCAACGGACUGUGGGAUGAAGUAUAUAGAAACCUCGGCAAAAGAUGCUACAAAUGUUGAGGAGUCCUUCACAAUCUUGACAAGAGACAUAUACGAACUUAUUAAGAAAGGGGAGAUUUGUGUUCAGGAUGGCUGGGAAGGGGUUAAGAGCGGGUUUGUUCCAAAUACUGUGCAUUCUUCUGAGGAGGCAGUGAAGCCCAGAAAGGAGUGCUUCUGCUGAUUUCAGCAUGCCAAAGGACCGCCAGACGGGCCGCAUCGUUUCUGGAUAAAUGUCAACAUUUACAGGAGGAUGUGCAAGGAACGAACAUCUACUAAAC